ACGUUUCAAGAAAGAGUUAAUAUAGUUUUUGGCAAAUUUUCGCCUGGAAUUACUUUUUGUUUUGUCUCCGCGCGACCAUUUUCGGUAUAAGGCAAAUAGUACAAACUGGUCACACUACCGGGUUUGUCGGUGAAUUUCACGAUUUUGUGUCUGUUCCUGGUGAAAUUUGAGCUCUCCGUUUGAAAUGGGGCCGCCAAAAAAGUCAAAAAAGGAUCGCAGCGGCACCGACAAGUUCGCGAAGAAACGACGUGCCGAGGACGAUGCCUUCACCCAGCUGGUGGAGGACAACGACAGCCUGGAUGCCACAGAAUCGGACGGUGUGCCCGGUGCAGCCUCCAAGAAUGCGGAAACCAAUGACGAACAAAUCAAUACGGAUGAAUACGGGGCCAAGGAUUACCGGUCACAGAUGCAGUUGCGUCAGGAUCACGGCAAUCGUCCGCUUUGGGUCGCUCCCAAUGGUCACGUUUUCCUCGAGUCCUUCUCACCGGUGUACAAGCAUGCCCAUGACUUCCUCAUUGCCAUCUCGGAGCCCGUCUGCCGGCCGGAGCACAUCCAUGAGUACAAACUCACCGCCUACAGUCUGUAUGCCGCCGUUUCGGUGGGCUUGCAAACGCACGACAUUGUGGAGUAUCUGAAGAGGUUGAGCAAGACCAGCAUUCCCGAGGGCAUCCUCGAGUUCAUCAGACUGUGCACGCUGUCGUAUGGCAAAGUGAAGCUGGUCCUCAAGCACAACAAGUACUUUAUAGAGUCUCCUCAUCCGGAAGUUCUGCAGAAGCUGCUCAAAGAUCCUGUGAUCCAGAAAUGCCGACUUAUACGCAGUGAGGGCGAGGACUUCAUCCAGGGCACCAUGGAUGGCAAGGCAAUCACGCAGUUUGGCACGAAGCUGCCGCCAGGAGCGGGAGCUGAGAAGCUUCCCGAUGAUCCCGCAGUAGCUGGAGCAGCACCUGGUGCUGUUGGCCCCGACGGAGCUGCAGUGCCAGAGGAUAUCACAGACUUUUACGAAAAGAUCGACAAGGAGGAAGAGGACGAGGACGAAGCGAAUCUAAAGACAGUAUCCUUUGAGGUGGCUCAGGAAAAGAUCGAGGUCAUACAGAAACGUUGCAUCGAAAUCGAGCAUCCACUGCUUGCGGAGUACGAUUUCCGCAACGAUACAAACAAUCCAGAUAUCAAUAUUGACCUCAAACCGGCUGCCGUUCUGCGUCCGUAUCAGGAGAAGAGUCUGCGCAAGAUGUUUGGCAACGGCCGAGCUCGUUCGGGUGUCAUUGUGCUCCCUUGCGGUGCCGGAAAGUCCCUGGUUGGCGUCACUGCCUGCUGCACGGUUCGCAAACGUGCCUUGGUCCUUUGCAACAGCGGCGUUUCCGUGGAGCAGUGGAAACAACAGUUCAAAAUGUGGUCAACAGCGGACGACAGCAUGAUUUGUCGAUUCACCUCUGAGGCCAAGGAUAAGCCUAUGGGCUGCGGUAUUCUGGUGACCACCUACUCCAUGAUCACGCACACCCAGAAGCGUUCGUGGGAGGCGGAGCAGACGAUGCGUUGGCUUCAAGAACAGGAAUGGGGCAUCAUGGUGCUCGAUGAGGUGCACACAAUUCCAGCGAAAAUGUUCCGUCGCGUCCUGACCAUCGUUCAGUCCCAUUGCAAGCUGGGCUUGACGGCAACCCUGCUGCGUGAGGAUGACAAGAUUGCGGAUCUGAACUUCUUGAUUGGACCGAAGCUAUAUGAGGCCAACUGGUUGGAGUUGCAGAAGAAAGGCUAUAUUGCCCGCGUGCAGUGCGCCGAGGUAUGGUGUCCCAUGUCGCCGGAGUUCUAUCGCGAGUAUCUGACCACUAAGACAUCCAAGAAGAUGCUGCUGUAUGUGAUGAAUCCGUCCAAGUUCCGCAGCUGCCAGUUCCUUAUCAAAUACCACGAGCAGCGCGGCGACAAGACCAUUGUCUUCUCGGAUAAUGUGUUUGCCUUGAAGCACUAUGCCAUCAAGAUGAACAAACCCUUUAUCUACGGUCCCACCUCGCAGAACGAACGUAUUCAGAUCCUGCAGAACUUUAAGUUUAACUCCAAGGUCAACACUAUCUUCGUGUCCAAGGUGGCCGACACCAGUUUCGAUCUUCCGGAGGCCAAUGUCCUGAUUCAGAUCUCCUCGCACGGCGGUUCGCGGCGUCAGGAGGCCCAGCGUCUCGGACGUAUUCUGCGUGCCAAGAAAGGUGCCAUUGCCGAGGAGUACAACGCCUUCUUCUACACUCUCGUCUCGCAGGACACCAUGGAGAUGAGCUAUUCGCGCAAGCGUCAACGUUUCCUGGUCAAUCAGGGUUAUAGCUACAAGGUUAUUACUCAUCUGAAGGGCAUGGACACGGACACGAACCUGAUGUACGGCACACAGGAGGAGCAGGGUCAGCUUCUUCAGCUCGUUCUCUCCGCCUCCGAUCUGGACUGCGAGGAUGAGAAGCUGCCGGGCGAGCCGGGCUAUCGGCCCAGUGGUGGCGGCACCACCAAACGUGCUGGCGGCCUCAGCUCCAUGUCGGGAGGUGAUGAUGCAAUUUACUACGAGCAUCGCAGGAAGAACAUCGGAAGCGUGCAUCCGCUGUUUAAGAAGUUCAGGGGUUAAGACUUAGGGCUUGCACUUUUUGUAAUUCGCUGUGAAGCAUG